ACUAAUAAAUCCUUCAAGGUUUCUAUGUACAAAAAUAUCUGUUCGUCCGCGUCCCUUCAACCACCCUUCGGUAGGGUUCCGGCGACUCCGCAUGGCCGGUCGCCACCGUAACCCGCUGCCUUCUUCCUUCUCCCGCGGCGCCGGUGGCGGAAACCACCCGCACCCUCCUCCGCCCCAUCACGCUCAUCUCCCGCCUUACCACCUCGACGAAUUCCGCGAGCCGCCGCGCCUCCCUCCGCACCACCUCGAUGACUUCCGCGACCCGGCUCGCCUGCCACCUGGCCACCCCGACAGCCUCCGCGAGCAUCCUCCUCCGCCGCGCCACCACUUCGCGGGCCACGGCGGAGGGACCCUGCCCCCCGCAUCGCACAUGGCCGCGGCGCUGGAGGAGCGUAUCGGCGCGGAGAUCGAGGAGGCGCACGCGCUGCUCGGACAGAACCAGCGACUCUCUGCGACGCAUGUGGCGCUCGUGCAGGAGGUCUCCGCCGUGCGGCACGAGCUUGGCCACACCGCUCGAGCCAUCGGCGCUGCCCAGCAAGAGGGAGAUCUCCGUAUUCGUGAGGUCUAUGAGAGGUUAAUGAAAAUGGAAGCAGAGCUCCGAGCAGUAGAGGAGAUGAGGGCGGAACUUGCACAUGUUCGUAUGGACAUUCAACAACUUGGUGCAGCAAGACAGGAACUCAUGGGCCAGAUCCAGGGAUAUACACAAGAUUUGGCUCGUUCAGCAGUAGAGUUGCAGCAGGUGGCUGCAGUGAAAGCUGAGACCCAAGAACUCAGACAUGAAACACAGCAUUUAAGAUCCAGUAUUGAGCUUGAGAAGAAAGGAUAUGCAGAGAGUUAUGAGCAGGGACAAGAGAUGCAGAAGAAAUUGGUUUCAGUUGCUUCUGAAGUGGAGAAACUUCGUGCUGAGGUUGCUAAUGCUGAGAAGAGAUCACGAGUUGCUGUAUCUGCAGGCAAUCAAGGUUAUGCUGGAAGCUAUGGAAAUCCUAAUGCCAAUUAUGCUGCAAAUCCUUACAAUGUUGGAUACAGCAUGAAUCAAGUAAAUGCUACCGAUUCUGGUUCUCAGUAUGGAGCUGGUGGGGCGCACAGUUCCUGGGGCGCCUAUGACAUGCAAAGAGCUCCAGGACGGAGAUGACUGCGGACAUCCUCCUUUUUCUUCUUAAAUCGGUCCUGUUAGCGAAGUACCAAACGCAGAUUUCUGGCACAAACUGAAUUUCUAUUUCUGUGCAACGUUGAUUUAUGGCUAGUCAGAUAUGCCUUGUGUAUUUGUUGACCUUCAUCUGAGUGAGUUACAUGCUCAAGCAUGUUACGGUAAUCUAGGUUACUGCAAAUUUGCAUUUUGUGUACAUGUGCUCUUUCACCUAAUGCAGUUGUCAUUACUUUGUUCA